AUGGCUGCUCAAGCUGUUCAGCCUCAAUCCAAGUCGGCCAAGAAGAAGGCCACCAAGGCUCUUGAGCGAACCGAAUCUCCCGCUCCUAGCGUUGCUUCUGCCACUGCCGAUAAGAACAGCGAUGACAGCUUCGAGAGCCCCUACAUCAAGGAGAUCCAGAAGAAUAUCCGAAAUGUCAACAAGAAAAUCACCAACGCCUCCAAGACCGAUUCCCUUCUAGCCCAGAAUCCUGGCAAGUCACUUGACGAACUCGUCGAGGCAAAAAUUAUCAACGCCGACCAGAAGGCUCAGAUCCUCAAGAAGCCUUCUCUACAGCAGCAGCUAGCGCAAUACGAGGAGCAGCUUACUCAAUACCAGAAGGUUGACGAGCAGUACAAGACACGUGCUGCUAGUGACAAGGCAGAAUGGGAGAAGAACCUCGAGAAGGCCAAGGCCGAUGCAAAGGCCGAGGCUAAGGCUGAAGCUACCAAGAACCUCCAUGACAACCUCUUGGUCCUGUCACAAUUUUUGCGACUUGCCGCCUACCGUCGUGAGGAAGCUCAGGACCCCGAGUCUGAUGAAAGCCAGGCGAUCGAGGGAGUGCUUCUUGCCAUCUACUCCGGAGACGAGAGCGCUGUUCAGUCCAUGCUGAAGCUUGUCAACGGCUCCGAUGAUCAGGUUGUUAGCGUUCCUGGCGAGCAGCUGCAGACUCCUUUUUCCAAGGUUAAGGCCCUUGCCCAAGAAUACAAGACCCCGUACGAUGAUGCUCAGCCCGCUGAAGACAACGCCGAGCCACCCAAGGACGUUGCUACGGACCCUACUAUCGCGCAUGCCGCUGCUACCGAGAUCGAGGCCGGUGAUACCGUUCUUCCUUCCAUCACUACCGAGCCUUCUUCUAACGGCUUGGCUAACGCCAGCGUCGCCGACGAUGCUGCCAACGCUGUCGCCGAGAGCCACUGGGACACCACUAACAAUGAGAUGUCCACUUCCCAGGAGUGGGUCGACGUGAAGCCCGCCGAGGCUGUUGAGGAAGCCGCUGCUCCCGCCCCUACUCGUGUCGCCAACGCCAACUCUUGGGCUGAUGACCACCCAGAGACCAAUGCCCCUACUGAUCCCAACGAUGGGUUCCACCAGGUCCAGCGAACCCGACCUCGCAACGAUGGUGGUAACCACCGAGGUCGUGGACGAGGUGAGCACCGAGGCCGAGGAGGUUUCCGUGGUGACGGUCGCGGUCGUGGCCGCGGUCGUGGAGGCUCUGGCGGUGCCCCUCGAGGUCAACGACGUAGCGAUGAGCCUUAA